CCGCCUGCUCGAUGCUGCACCUCCCGGAGCUGCAUGAGAGGCCGGUAGAAGCCUGCGGAGAAGGAAACUUUCUCGGCGGCAGCGCCAGGAUGGACUUCCCGUCCGCCCCAGCCAAGCCUCCCCCGGACGGCAAGAUCAUCUUCUACCCGCCUGGAGUGAAGGAGAUCACGGAUAAGAUCACCAACGACGAAGUGGUCAAACGCUUGAAGAUGGUAGUGAAAACAUUUAUGGACAUGGACCAGGAUUCAGACGAUGAGAAACAACAGUAUCUCCCUUUAGCCUUGCACCUUGCGUCCGAAUUCUUCCUCAGGAACCCCAAUAAAGAUGUCCGUCUCCUUGUAGCUUGUUGUUUGGCUGAUAUAUUUCGAAUUUAUGCCCCUGAAGCACCGUAUACUUCACACGACAAACUCAAGGAUAUAUUUUUGUUUAUUACAAGACAGUUAAAAGGAUUAGAGGACACUAAAAGCCCUCAGUUUAAUAGAUACUUUUACUUAUUAGAGAACUUAGCGUGGGUUAAAUCUUACAACAUCUGCUUUGAGUUGGAAGAUUGCAAUGAAAUUUUUAUUCAGCUUUUUAGGACCCUCUUUUCAGUGAUCAACAAUAGCCACAAUCAGAAGGUCCAAAUGCAUAUGCUAGAUUUGAUGAGUUCUAUCAUCAUGGAAGGCGACGGGGUGACUCAAGAACUGUUGGACUCCAUUCUUAUCAACCUCAUUCCUGCACACAAGAACCUUAAUAAACAAGCCUUUGACCUUGCAAAAAUCCUGUUGAAAAGAACAGUUCAAACCAUUGAGCCAUGCAUUGCCAACUUUUUUAAUCAGGUUUUGGUACUAGGAAAGUCUUCUGUGAGUGACUUGUCUGAGCAUAUAUUUGAUCUAAUACAAGAACUUUUCGCUGUCGAUCCUAACCUGCUGUUGUCUGUCAUGCCACAGCUGGAGUUCAAGCUGAAGAGCAAUGAUGGAGAAGAACGCUUAGCUGUUGUAAGGCUUUUAGCAAAGUUAUUUGGUUCCAAAGAUUCGGACCUUGCAACGCAAAAUCGUCCACUUUGGCAGUGUUUUCUUGGACGAUUCAAUGACAUUCACGUUCCUGUGAGAUUGGAAAGUGUAAAAUUUGCAAGUCAUUGUUUAAUGAACCACCCAGAUUUAGCGAAGGAUCUGACUGAGUACUUAAAAGUGAGAUCCCACGAUCCGGAAGAAGCCAUCCGCCAUGAUGUCAUUGUCACAAUCAUCACUGCGGGCAAACGAGAUCUUUCUUUAGUCAACGACCAGCUCCUGGGUUUUGUCAGAGAAAGGACACUGGAUAAGCGGUGGCGGGUAAGGAAAGAAGCAAUGAUGGGACUUGCGCAGCUAUACAAGAAAUACUGCCUUCAUGCUGAAGCUGGAAAAGACGCAGCGGAGAAAGUCAGCUGGAUAAAGGACAAACUUUUGCACAUCUAUUAUCAGAACAGCAUCGAUGAUAAAUUGCUGGUGGAGAAAAUCUUCGCUCAGUAUCUCGUUCCUCACAAUUUGGAAACCGAAGAGAGGAUGAAAUGCUUAUAUUAUUUAUACGCUAGCUUAGACCCAAAUGCUGUUAAGGCACUGAAUGAAAUGUGGAAGUGCCAGAACAUGCUCAGGAGCCAUGUGCGGGAAUUGCUAGAUUUGCAUAAAACGCCCACCUCAGAGGCAAACAGCGCUGCGAUGUUUGGAAAGCUGAUGACUAUAGCAAAAAAUCUUCCGGAUCCUGGGAAAGCCCAGGAUUUUGUGAAAAAGUUCAAUCAAGUCCUAGGCGAUGAUGAGAAACUUCGUUGUCAACUUGAGAUGCUGAUCAGCCCUACUUGUUCCUGUAAACAGGCAGAUAUCUGCGUGAGGGAAAUAGCUCGGAAGCUUGCCAAUCCUAAACAACCGACCAACCCUUUCUUAGAGAUGGUGAAAUUUCUUUUAGAAAGAAUUGCUCCAGUGCACAUUGACUCAGAAGCUAUCAGUGCAUUAGUAAAGCUGAUGAAUAAAUCGAUAGAAGGGACGGCCGAUGACGAAGAGGAGGGUGUAACUCCUGACACAGCAAUUCGUUCGGGGCUUGAACUUCUCAAGGUUUUGUCUUUCACACAUCCUACCUCGUUCCACUCCGCAGAGACAUACGAAUCUCUCCUACAGUGCCUCAGAAUGGAAGACGACAAGGUGGCGGAGGCAGCCAUUCAAAUAUUCAGGAACACCGGCCACAGAAUGAAUGAAACUUUUAUGUGUCUUUACAGGACCCUCAUUCCGAUUUUGCACCAGAAAGCAAAGAGAGGGACCCCUCACCAAGCCAAGCAAGCUGUCCAUUGCAUACACGCCAUAUUUUCAAAUAAAGAAGUCCAGCUUGCGCAAAUCUUCGAGCCUCUGAGUCGGAGUUUGAAUGCCGAUGUUCCGGAACAGCUCAUAACGCCUCUAGUUUCCUUGGGUCACAUUUCCAUGCUGGCCCCCGACCAGUUUGCAUCCCCCAUGAAAUCCGUCGUUGCAAACUUUAUUGUGAAAGAUCUCCUUAUGAACGACAGGUCCACAGGUGAAAAAAAUGGGAAAUUGUGGUCUCCGGAUGAAGAGGUGUCCCCAGAAGUGCUAGCAAAGGUUCAAGCCAUUAAACUCCUGGUGCGUUGGCUCUUGGGCAUGAAAAACAACCAGUCCAAAUCUGCAAAUUCAACCCUUCGGUUACUAUCCGCCAUGUUGGUCAGCGAAGGAGACCUGACAGAACAGAGGAGAAUUAGCAAAUCAGACAUGUCGCGGCUACGGUUGGCUGCUGGCAGUGCCAUAAUGAAGCUAGCACAGGAGCCCUGUUACCAUGAAAUUAUAACACCGGAACAAUUCCAGCUCUGUGCGCUGGUCAUCAAUGAUGAAUGUUACCAGGUGAGGCAGAUAUUUGCCCAGAAGCUGCAUAAGGCACUAGUAAAAUUAUUGCUCCCAUUGGAGUACAUGGCAAUAUUUGCACUGUGUGCCAAAGAUCCUGUGAAAGAAAGGAGAGCGCAUGCUCGGCAGUGCUUGCUUAAAAAUAUAAGCAUACGGCGAGAGUACAUCAAGCAGAAUCCUAUGGCAAAUGAAAAACUCGUAUCUCUACUGCCCGAGUAUGUGGUGCCAUAUAUGAUUCAUCUGCUGGCUCACGAUCCAGAUUUUACAAAACAGCAAGAUAUUGAUCAGCUUCGUGAUGUCAAAGAGUGCCUAUGGUUCAUGCUGGAGGUUUUGAUGACCAAAAAUGAAAACAACAGCCACGCCUUCAUGAAAAAGAUGACCGAAAGCAUCAAACUCACCCAAGAUGCCCAAUCUCCAGACGAGCCGAAGGCCAACGAAAAACUCUACACUGUAUGUGAUGUGGCCCUCUGUGUAAUCAACAGCAAAAGUGCUUUAUGUAAUGCAGAAUGUCCAAAGGAUCCGGUAUUGCCAACUAAAUUUUUUACGCAACCUGAAAAGGAUUUUUGUAACGAUAGGAAUUAUAUCUCCGAAGAGUUGAGAGUUCUUCUUUUAACAGGAAAGCCGAAACCAACCGGCGUAUUAGGGGCAGUAAAUAAACCUCUGUCUGCAACUGGAAGAAGACCGUAUAUUCGAAACACAGGAUCAGAAACUGGAAACAACAACAGUGUAAAUUCAGAGUUGAAUUCCCCAACAGAAAACAGAACGAGAGAGCCGAGCUCGGAUCUAUCAGAGACGGGUGUCAGCGAAAAUGAUGAAAAUCCAGUGAGAAUUAUUUCAGUCACCCCAACAAAAAUGGAACCUGUGAAAAACAAGGAGAUUAAUUCUGACCAGGCACCCCAAGAAAACGUCAGUGCCGAGCGGGGCAAAAAAAGAAUCACCGCAGCAGCCGGGACGGAGAAUUUCCAUCAGAAAGCGGAAGAGAAGAAAACGGAUGAAACGGGUCAAGCCGCUCCUCCCAAACCCCGGCGAGGACGUCCCCCCAAGUCUGAAUCUCAGGGCGCCACCACGAGAAGUGCCGAAGGGAGUAAAUCCUCCGGACGAGGACGGAAAAGGGCGGCACCGGCCCAAGAGGGUCCGGGCGCCCUGGAGGCGAGCAACGCCAAGGCACCAAAGCAGGCAGAGGCCACCAAGAAAACAGCACCAGCACAGAGACAGAUUGACCUGCAAAGGUAAA